UUGUUCAGAAGUGGUGUGUCCAAAUAUCCCGUUGAAGUGAUCGAUGAGUCCCCGAUUUUUGAAAGUAAUAUUAAAUGGUGUCAAGAGCAGAGACCUCCUGAAAGUGUACGAGUAGUGUCUUACAAUAUUCUCGCCGAUUUAUAUUUGGAUUUGUCUGGUCCAGAGGAAUCACUGUUUUUUCCAUAUUGCCCAAAACAGUAUCAGAUGUACGAGUACAGGUGUCCACUACUGCUUAAGGAGUUGUCAAGCUAUGAUAUGGAUUUGUGCUUUCUACAAGAGGUUGAUAAUCGAAUGCAAAUGCGUUAUCUGAGCGCACUCUUUGAUUCAAUGGGUAUGGAAAUGUGCUUUGCAAAAAAACAAAAGGAAGUAACUGAAGGAUCUGUCAUUGCUUUCCGUAGAGAACGAUUCGAGUAA